AAUGAGCGGCCGUCCGCAUCUGAGGCCGAGCAGCGCGGCGGCCGGCAGCUGCGGAGGCGGCCAGUGCACUUGCAGACGUGUUGCAGGGAGGUGUGUGCUGAGACGCUGCGCGGUCCGGCGCCCCCAAACUGACCCCGUGACACGCACAGAGACGCACAGAGACGCAGCAGCCGAGACGCUCAGAGACAGAAGAGAGACGGUCCGGACGACGCCCUCAGCUGUCUGACCCGUGGUCGUCCUCGUCUGCUGAUGAACGUGAAUCUGCCAUCGGCAGGAGCCGCCCCCAACUUCAACUUCGAGAUGAACCAGUUAUGCAAAGUCUGCGGGGAGCCGGCUGCCGGGUUCCACUUCGGUGCCUUCACCUGCGAGGGCUGCAAGUCCUUUUUCGGGCGGACCUACAACAACCUCUCGUCGCUGAACGAGUGCAAGAAUAACGGCCGGUGCGUCAUCAACAAGAAGAACCGCACCUCGUGCAAGGCCUGCCGCCUCCGCAAGUGCCUAAUGGUGGGCAUGUCCAAGUCGGGCUCGCGCUACGGCAGACGCUCCAACUGGUUCAAGAUCCACUGUCUGAUGCAGGAGCAGGCACAUCAGGUGAUGGACGGUAACCAGAGCAUGCACAACGGCAACGGCUUCAACGGGUUCAGCGCCGGCCUCAGUCCCAUCAAGAACGGUGACUCUGCCGAGCCGACCGAGCCGCCGCCGGCCACCAAGUGCUCCCCGCCUCCGUCCGAGGCCUCCAACCCGGCCAAGAGCCCGUCGUCGGACACGUCAGACAGCAAGCCGCCGCUGGGCCGGUUCCACCCGUACGGCAGCGCGCUGCCGCCGCAGCUGUUCUACGACAAGGCGUUCCUGUCGCCGCUGGCCGCCUCGCUGCCGUUCUCGCCGUUCGCCUCACUGCAGACGCCGUACCCGCUCUUCCCGGCGGCGUACCAGCAGAAGCUGCUCUUCCCGCAGAGCUACCUGCCGGCGCAGCUGAGCGAGCUCUACCAGAAGAAGGCCGCCAUGGCCACCUCACCGCCCAAGAUGGCCAGCCCCACGGCGGCCGCCGACGCACCCGAGCAGGAUACGCCCAUUGACCUGUCGACUCGCGGAGUCACCGAGCUGCCGGCGGCGGCGCGGCCGGUCGACUCUGACUCGGACUCGGAAUCGGUGCACAGCGCGGCCGCCUCCAGCGCCGCCUCCCUCUCGAGCAGCGAGGAGUCGACCGUGACGCGGCCGGCCGCCGUCGAGACGCCGCUCGACCUCACGGCUCGAACGUGAGACCUCGCCGCCGCGCCGCGUCACUCCCCUCCUCGCUUCUAGUUCCGGCCUCGCGCGGUGUUGGCGCCGAGUUCGGCGCUGAAUGCGCAGGGUGCGCGUGCUUUUUACGCGCUGAUCUGCGCCAAUUAGGACUCAUCGCCGCGCGUUGCUCGCGCGUGCCGCUCACUCGUGCCUUGUCCACGUGGCGUCCACACGUGGCGCCGCACGUGGCUCGCUCACGACCAUCCGCUCUCGGCGGCCGUGCCAUACUGCGCCCCGGGCCGGCGCCGGCCGCUGCCUCCAGUAUUAGCGCGGUCCCCAUGUUGAGUACAAAACUGCCCCGGCAGAGUGCUCCGCAGACUGCAGCGUGUGUGCUGUGUAUGUCUGUCUGCGUAUGUGAGAGUGUAUGUCAUGUCCCGCUGUCGGCCGUCCCCGGGGUGACAGCGGUAGCCAAGAUUGUGUACGAGUAGCUGUGCAAUAGGACCCGUGUUACGCAGCCGGAGAGAUUAGAGAGCUUACCAGGCGCUGGGUUAUAGUUGCUGUCUCUGCUCCGUUUGUGUUGAUGCACGUACUCAUCAUGACCAUUCACGUCAUUUUGCGUUGGAUCGAUCCUCGAAUUAAAUAUGUCCUGUGUUGACUGAAGUGAUGGCCUCUCUGCACUCUAUCCUCUAAGCUGCCAAAGUGAUGGAACAGAACGCGCGCCUCCGCGGCUCGCCAUUCCUGACCCGCAAUAUACCGCUGCACGGCCUCUGUUCCGACCGUCUGCUGCCAUGGGGGUGUCGGCGAUGACUGUCUGGGCCAGCCGGAUGCAUUGUGUGCAAAUGAAGCAACACCUCGGCGGUCGAACUGGGUCUCCGCACCCAGACCAAUAGCUGUGGUAUAGACCCGACCCCGCAACAAAUUCAUCCCUCGGUCACCGACCACCGACCACCGACGGGCAGAUUCACCCGUUAAAGUGCCUCAGAAAUUCCACCCCACCCCCAUCCUGGAGUUGUUGCAGAUGGCCGAGGGGCGUUGUCAUCUCUGGCCGCCCCCAGGGUCGGUCGGUCGCUCCAGCCCAGAGUUCCAGCACAGGGCGCGGGCGGCGCGGGCGAAGGGGUAAUUGGAUCGCCACACCCCUUCAACGAGCUGGAACUCCACCUAAAGUCAUUGCGUGCGUUCCGACCCGAUGUUCAUCCAAACACACACAACGGUCAAAGUAGGUGUAUUUAAGCUUUUAGCUGUGCUAGCUCCUUGUCUGUUGACGUGCAUUGUGAUGCGAGAGUGUAUACAGUUGUGUUUUAUUACAUAUUUUAUGUAGAGUACUAUUAGUGUCCUGAGUGUCUUCUGGCGCAAUCGCAUAAUAAAUUGUCGACAACCGAUGGA